GUUCAAGAAGCGUUGUAAAGGUCAGUAGCUUUGCUUUCGAUAACGUUCUACUUAAAUAUAAUACAGUCCACUAUUUUAAAAAUGUCUAAGAAGGAAUUAAUACACGCUAUAGGAGUUUACUUGAAAAUCGAAGUUUUGGGAAACCCCGACUGGUUGAAAUUUAGCUAUAGUUGGGCAUCAUCACUAGAGGAUACUGAAGAAAUUAAUGUAAUCUACGAGACGAACCAAAAAGGUGGAGAUUUAAGCGAGCAUAGAACCUGUACUUUACCAAUUGUAAGAAUCAAAAGCUCAAAUGGGAGCAAUUCACGUGAAUGCUCCAUGUAUAUGAAGGUAAUUCCUCAAAUGGCACACGGAGAAAAUUAUGUGAAAUUCGGCCGAAGUUGCAUUCAUACAAGCGAAAACUUCUUUUUGCUGGAGGACUUGACCUUUUGGAAAUAUCAGAGCAUCAGUGGACACACAGGAAUGGGAUUAAACCUAGCGCAGGCUGCUUUGACGAAAAUGGCUCACUUUCAUGCUGCCUCUAUGGAGUAUUUAAAAGUAGAGAAUUGUACAGAUUGCAUACUAAGUGUUUCGGCAUUAAUCGGUAAUUGGGACGUCGAAAAACGCAUGACCAUAGCCAUUGAAAUGAUUGAGAGACAUUUGCCGGAGUUAAAAGAAAUCACUACAAAACUUCGCAGUUAUUUGGAAACAUUUCAAAAACGCCUUAUCGAUCUACUGCUUAAACAAAAUUUGCCAUACAAAGUCAUCGCACUUGGUGAUGCUUCCUUAAAAAAUAUGCUUCAUAAAUUUAACGAAUGUGGUGUGCCCGACGUUGUGUUUAAAAACUUUAACGCUUGCUUUGUUGGCAGUGUCGGAUACGACUUGAAUAUCUUCUUCAACACCAGUUUGAGUUUGAGAGAACUCGCGUUUCAUCGUUCCGAACUACUUCGUUACUAUUAUAAAAAUUUAAAAGCGGUAUUAUGUUCAAAGUAUUCCUGUGCUCCCAGUUGGCAAACAAUUGUAGAUGAAGUGCGGGAAUUUGAACAUUUUGGAUGUUAUGCCCUGCUAUGUGAGAUGCCUACUUGUUUUGUAAAUGAUAAUUUGAAAAAAUGGGUUGUGCUUCAAGACACCGUUUUUAAAGAUGGAUGUUUCGAAGAAGAUUAUGACGCAUUAUUCAAAAAUGGAGAAGCAACAAAGUUGCUAAAAUAUGGUCUUGAACGUUUCUAUGAACUUUGCUUGUGGGAUGAUAAGGCAGAAUAAACAAGAGGAAGUGUUUGGAUUCGUCAAAUUAUAAAAUGGGCAAUGUGAAAAACAAGCUUUUAGAAAUGAAUAUGGAUUUAGACCAGGUAUUUCAACAUUCAGGUGUUUCUCUUUUUUUGUUUUUUGUUGAAGUUUGAAACUCAACAACAGUGUUUAAUAUAAAUUCAAAUGUGUGUAUUGUAAUUUGAAAUUUGUAUUUAUCUACAAACAUAUGGACUAUGUAUGAGUGAUUUGUACUAUUUUUUCGUUUAAAUUGAAUACUGAAAUAAAAUUUUUUUAACGUUU